AUGAUGGCGCCGGGGAGACGUCACGUCCCACUCGGAACUGGUCAAUUGCUGUUCGUUUACGCGUUUCUCGCGGUGGGUUUUCAAGGUUUCGCUCAAAUAAAAAAAAAACAUUUUUCAGUUUCGUGUCACGACAGCCGCCGGAAUCGUGUUCUAUUUCGUCAAAGAAUUCGACAUAACCCCCAUCUCGUUGCUUUUCGGAAUCUUCACCGCAUUCGCCAUCUGUCUCUCGCAUGACGUCGUUCCGGAGACUGCCGCCCAGAAACUCGUACUUUUGAAUAUUGCAAAUGUAAGAUUUUGGGAAUUCCUCAGUCACAUUCACCCAAAACCAGGGCAAAUCUCAUGAAAUGAGGCCGCGAAUCUAAAAACAAAGUGAUUCAGAUUCUCAACAGAACACACGCAUUGGCCUGGUCAAUCUCGGCGAUGCAGGCUUUGUUCCGCGAGUCUCCGGACUUUACGAAGCACUCCAUCGUUGCUGGCCUCGCAGCUAUUUGCCUAUUUUGUAGGUGAACGGUUGAAUAUUGAAACAAAUUGAAGGUUUUCAGUCACCAACAAAGAGAUCAAUCGUCUGGAAGCUUUGGAUCGUCACGAGGAUUGA